AUGACAUUUCAAUUCGUUACUUUGUCUUUUCACUAUUUUCUUGUUUUUGUCUUUCUCCACUUCUUUCUUUCUUUCUUUCUUUAUUCUAUUUUUCUUUCUUUUAUAAUUUUCUUUACAUUUCUUACGUUGAGCCUCGUGUCUUUAUUUUCAAUUUUCUUUUUCUUUAUUCUCUUUCUUUUUUCUCUUUCAUUCGUUUGUUCAUUUGUUAAUUUUUUGAUUUUUAUUCGUCACUUUUCUAUUUUCUUUCAGUGGAUUUCUUCUUACUUCCUUUAUUUUGUUUCUAUUCUUUUUCAUAUUCACUUUCCUAUAUUUUUCUUUUUUUCUUUUUCUACUUCUCAUUUAUAUAUUUUUUCUUCCUCAAGCUCAUUUUCCUAUUUUCUUUCUUUUUUUUCUUUCUCUUUUGUUCGCUUUUGCUUAAUCUCCCUCCUAUUUUCAUUCUUCCCUUUUUUCUUUCUUUUUAUCUUUCUUUCAUUCAUUCUUUCUUUUUUAAUUUUCUCUUCUCUCUCGUUUCUUUACAAUUUUCUAUUUUUUCGUUCAUAUUUACUUUCUUUAUCCUUUUCCUUUCUUUAUCUUUAUUUCUUUACUUCCUUUUUCUUCAUCUGUUUCCUAUUUUCUUUCUUUCUUUCUUUCUUUCUUUCUUUCUUUCUUUCUUUUCCCAUCCAGCUUGCUGUCUCUUUUUCUCUUUCUUUUUUACCUUAA